AUGAACAGUGGACUCCCAGCCGGAGGUCCCGGGAUACCCGUAAAGGUCAAGUUCUGCAGCAGUCCUGUCCCGAUGUCCAUGGCCGGAGGAGGAGCGACCCCAGCGGCAUAUGCGCUCAGUGGACCCGCGGCCACUGGUCCAAACGGCGGAACUGGCCCGAAAAAGACCGAGACCCUUGGGCUAUCUGGGGCGUCUCUGGAAGGACAGCUGUUACAGAUUCCAGGAAUGGAGGGAGCAAACCUGAGUGAUGCCAAUCUCACCAAUUCCUAUUUCAGCAGCAGCUUUAUUGGGGUAAAUGGGUUUGGAAGUCCAGCAGAGUCAAAGUAUUCCAUGAUGCAGCGUAUGACUACCAGCAGCAGUUCUCCAAGUCUCCUUAAUGACGGUGCCAAGAACUUCAGCCACAGCAGUCAUGAUCCUGUAAACUCUCCAACAUCAUCACUCUUCAGUGAUUUUGGUGCUCUUACCAUUUCCCAGAGGAGGAAGACUCCUAACCCGGCAGCAAGUGAGUUCAUCCCUAAAGGAACGCCGCGUAUGACUAUGGCCCAGUCUCCGGUCCCAGCUUUCCCUUCAACUAUGUUUCCUCAUCCUGCCCUCAGCAGCUCCACAGCUGCAGCUCUGGCACCAGGAAUGUCUUUAUCCGCGGGUUCGUCUCCUCUUCACUCUCCCAAAAUUACACCUCACACUUCACCUGCUCCUCGGCGGCGCAGUCACACACCAAACCCAGCCAAUUACAUGGUGCCCAGUCCUGCAACUGACCCAGCCUCUCACAUUAUACAAAAAGAGACUGUGGGGGGGACAACAUACUUUUAUACAGAUAACACACCAGCUCCAAUGGCUGGAAUGGUGUUUCCUUCCUAUCAUAUCUAUCCCCCUACAGCGCCCCAUGUGGCCUACAUGCAGCCUAAAGCCAAUGCCCCAUCCUUCUUCAUGGCUGAUGAACUUAGACAGGAGUUAAUAAAUAGACAUUUGAUAACAAUGGCGCAGAUUGACCAUUCAGAGAAUGCAGAUGUGCCAUCUGAGGUAGACAGCUACCACAGCCUUUUCCCACUAGAGGCGCUCCCAACUCCAAACCGCAUGCAGAAGACCAGCAACUUCAGUUACAUCACAACCUGCUACAAAGCGGUCAACAGCAAGGACGAUCUUCCUUAUUGUCUACGGAGAAUACAUGGUUUUCGCCUUGUUAACACAAAGUGCAUGAUGCUUGUGGAUAUGUGGAAGAAGAUUCAACAUUCAAACUCUGUAACACUGAGGGAGGUUUUCACCACCAAAGCUUUUGGAGACCACUCAUUGGUGUUCUCAUAUGACUUCCACGCGGGCGCAGAGACAAUGUACAGCAGGCACUUCAAUGACCCAACUGCAGACUCGUUUUUCACGAAGAGAAAGUGGGGACAACAUGAGCCUCCCCCUCCGCGUCAGCAUGCAGGUCUACUGCCUGAGUCUUUAAUAUGGGCAUACAUUGUCCAACUCAGUUCUGCCCUGCGGACCAUUCACACUGCGGGUUUGGCUUGUCGGGUUAUGGAUCCCAGCAAGAUUGUAAUCACAGGCAAAACCAGAUUACGGGUGAACUGUGUGGGAGUAUUUGAUGUCUUAACAUUUGACAGCAGUCAGACCAAUCAUCUUGCCCUAAUGCCUCAGUACCAGCAAGCGGACCUUGUCUCUCUGGGGAAAGUGGUGCUGGCAUUAGCUUGUAACUCUCUGGCUGGAAUUCAAAGGGAGAACCUGCAGAAAGCCAUGGAGCUGGUGUCCAUCAACUACUCCUCAGACCUCAAGAAUCUUAUUCUGUACCUGCUGACUGAGCAGUCGCGAAUGCGCAGUGUCAAUGACAUCAUGCCGAUGAUCGGAGCUCGCUUUUACACACAGCUGGAUGCAUCCCAGAUGAGAAAUGAUGUCAUCGAGGAGGACCUCGCAAAGGAAGUGCAAAAUGGCCGCCUCUUCCGUCUGCUUGCUAAGCUGGGCACCAUCAAUGAAAGGCCAGAGUUUCAGAAAGAUCCCACUUGGUCAGAGACAGGGGAUCGUUACCUGUUGAAACUUUUUCGAGAUCACCUCUUUCAUCAAGUCACAGAAGCUGGAACUCCCUGGAUAGACCUCAGUCACAUUGUUUCCUGCCUCAACAAACUGGACGCUGGCGUUCCUGAGAAGAUCAGCCUGGUGUCUCGGGAUGAAAAGAGUGUCCUGGUGGUAACAUACUCAGAUCUGAAGCGCUGCUUUGAGAGCACGUUCCAGGAGUUGCAGGCCGCUGCCUCUGGUUCUCUGUAG